AGGAGAGCUCCAUCGCCACAGUCUUGAGUCCGUGUGCGUGACCGCAUUGCUUGCAGAACGCACGCGGUGCAUCGUUUACUCGUCGCAGCAAUCGCCAGCGAUUGCACAAGAACGGCGCCGCACGCCGUCGUUCAAUAACAACUCGACACGUAACCAGCAGCAGCACCAUGCUCCUGCGCCGCGCCACCCAGCGGUUAACGCAGCAUGCACGCCAGACGGCGCGCAGAACUCUCGCGACCGAGCAGGGCGACGUCGUCGGCAUUGAUUUAGGAACCACGAACUCCUGCGUCGCGAUCAUGGAGGGCCGCGCCGCGCGCGUCAUCGAGAACGCGGAAGGCGCGCGGACCACGCCGUCCGUCGUAGCGUUUACAGAUGACGGUUCUAGAUUAGUCGGCCUCCAAGCGAAAAGACAAGCCGUCACGAACCCAGACAACACUUUGUAUGCCACAAAACGCUUGAUAGGCCGCAAAAUGGGCGAGCCGGAGAUCGACGUCAUCAAGCCCUUGGUACCGUACAAGAUCGUGAAAGCUGAUGCCUCUGAUGAUGCCUGGGUCGAGGUGAGGGAUGGUACUAAAUAUUCCCCUUCCCAGGUCGGGAGCAUGGUCCUCGGCAAGAUGAAAGAAACAGCGGAAGGUUUUCUCGGGAGAGAUGUCGGGAAGGCCAUCGUGACCGUGCCGGCUUAUUUCAAUGAUUCGCAACGACAGGCCACCAAAGAUGCUGGAAGAAUUGCGGGCUUGGACGUUCUUAGAAUCAUCAACGAGCCCACGGCCGCUGCCCUAGCGUACGGUCUGGACAAGGCCGACGACGGCAAAUUGGUGGCGGUGUUCGACUUGGGAGGCGGCACGUUCGACGUUUCUAUACUGGAGAUCUCUGGUGGUGUGUUCGAGGUCAAGUCGACCAAUGGUGAUACCAUGCUCGGCGGCGAGGAUUUCGACGAGGAGCUCCUCAAGCACCUCCUAGCCGAAUUCAAGAAGGAUAGUGGAUUAGAUCUCUCGUCCGAUCCAUUAGCGAUGCAACGGUUAAGAGAAGCCGCCGAGAAAGCGAAACGCGAGCUCGACGGCCUCAACACCACUGAUGUUUCGUUACCCUUCAUCACGGCCGACGCGACGGGCCCCAAACAUUUAAAUGUCAAGCUGGGCAAGGCCCAGUUCGAAGGUAUAGUAGCAGAUCUCGUAGGACGCACGCUCGACCCCUGCAAGAAGUGCGUGCAGGAUGCCGGCGUCGACAAAGGUAGUAUAGAUGAGGUCAUUCUCGUGGGUGGGAUGACGCGCAUGCCGAAGGUCCAAGAGACGGUGGAAGGUUUUUUUGGGAAGAAGCCUCAUAAAGGAGUAAACCCGGACGAGGUCGUGGCGAUGGGUGCGGCUAUUCAAGGCGGCGUUUUGAGGGGCGACGUGAAAGAUGUCCUGUUGCUGGAUGUGACUCCCUUAUCAUUGGGUAUCGAGACGCUGGGUGGCAUGUUCACUAGGCUGAUCAACCGCAAUACCACUAUCCCGACGAAGAAGGCCCAGACCUUCUCCACAGCGGCCGACAACCAGCCCCAGGUCCAGAUCAAGGUGCUGCAGGGCGAGCGGGAGAUGGCCGCGGAGAACAAACCUCUGGGCCAGUUCGACCUAGUGGGGAUACCCCCUGCCCCGCGGGGCACGCCGCAGAUCGAAGUCUCGUUCGACAUCGACGCCGACGGCAUCCUAAACGUGUCCGCGAAGGACAAGGGCACGGGCAAGGAGCAGUCCGUCGUCAUUCGGUCGUCCGGUGGACUGUCUGAGGACGAGAUCAACAAAAUGGUGCAAGAUGCGGAAGAGAACGCCGCCGCCGAUGCCGAAAGGAAGAAAUUGGCCGAGGCGAAGAACGAGGCCGACGCCCUCGUGUAUACCUCCAAAAAGUCGUUGGAUGAGCACGGCGACAAGCUGGAUGGAGAGACGAAGAGCGAGGUCGAGGCGAAGAUCUCGGCGCUCGAAGGGCUGGGCGACGACGCGUCGGCGGACGAUUUGAGAGCCAAGAUCGACGAGUUGCAAGCGGUGGCGCAGAAGAUCGGCGAGCAGGUCUACCAGGCCAGUCAGGAGUCGUCUGGUGGCGAGGAGGCCAAGGACGCGGAGUUCUCCGAGAAGGAGGAGGAGAAGCCUGAGGAGAAGGAUGAGAAGAAGAAGGACUAGGUCCUGCUGGUUAACAACUGUUCACUUAACUUCGCGACGGCGUCGAGCCUCUAGUGUCUUACAUGCCGCUAGCUAUUGCCGGCGCCGCGACUCGCAAAACGACUGCUUUUGCUGAGGGUUACGCCGUGCCAAAAAGAUUUCCAGCAUCCCUCAUAGCAGUCCAGUCGCCGCCGUGCAGCGAUAAGGGCGGCCAACUAACGCCUUGAGCCCUUUGCACAGCACCAGGCCUCGCUGUCAAGGCUCCAACGCGACGCAAGCGACGCAACGCGACGCCAGCAAGCAACACUACGCCAACGCGACGCCAACGACGCGACGCAAGGACGCGCCACCGACGUAAAACCGAAGCGCGAUGAACGCCGUCAACCAGAUCCCCGAGCACCAGAGGCCGGCCUUCAUGGCUAGCCUCGAGGCCAUGCAGACCAAGGAUUCAUUAAGGAUGUACAACGACCUGGUGGAAAGGUGCUACCUGCAGUGCGUGACGUCGUUCCGGUCGCAAUCAUUAAAUGAGACGGAGAAGACCUGCGUCGCGAGCUGCGCCGAGAAGUACAUCAAGCUGACGCAGCGCGUCGGCUUUCGCUUCGCGGAGCACCAGGCCCAACAGGGCCAGAACGCGCAGCUCACUAACGAUGAUACUU